GUGCACACGUUCACUGACGUCUGCUGGGACAAGUGUGUGGACAGUCCAAGUUCCAAGCUGGACUACCGGACAGAGACGUGCCUGGUGAACUGCGUUGAGAGAUUCAUUGAUACGACCCUGAGCAUCACCAACCGCUUCACACAGAUGGUGCAGAAAGGAACGCACUGAUAAAAGAACUUGAACAGGACUGGACUUCCACAGAAACCAUCUUUUCAUCUGCACCUGGUUGGUGGGAAAUGAUGAAUGAAGACUGUGUGUAUGUCUGGUGGUGAUUCUGGGGAAAAAAAUCUGUUUCUGGAUGCCAGUUCUGAUGUAUAUUCCUCAGUGCUGAUUUUCCUGUGAGCCAGUGGGAGGUCUCUGCUGGUGACGUGAAAAAAGCUAAGUGAAAAAAGUGAAGAAAACAAUCCACAGAAACAAAUCUUCCUCAAGAAGUUCUUAGAAAGUAUUAAAAUCUUUAAAAAAUCA